AUGUCCUUCUCCUCUAUUCCCAUCAUUGAUCUGGAAGAAGCGUUUGACCCAGAAAAAAAACCUCGAUUCCUUGCCAAUCUGCAAUAUGCUCUCAUAAACGUGGGAUUUCUGCUCUUGGUAAAUCAUGAAAAACAUGGUCCUUCCAAACAAGAUUUCUUAGAUAUUAAAGAGCAAGCCAUUGAAUUCUUCGCUCUGGGCGACGAUGUAAAGAAGGGCUGUGAAAUGAUCAAUUCUCCACAUUUUUUGGGCUAUUCUAGACUGGGCAAUGAGAUUACUUCUGGUAAGGCCGACUGGAGAGAACAAAUUGAUCUGGCAACAGAACUUCCAGCACCAAAGGAAGGCGAGCCUCUGUACAAACAGAUCGAGGGUCCUAACUUGUGGCCAGACGAGCAGUACGCACCAAACUUUCGACCUGUGGUAACGGAGUAUAUCAAGAAAAUGACUCAAUUAGGCACAAAAUUUAGGAGACUUGUAUGUGAAGCACUAGAACUCCCCCCAGAGUGUUUCGAGUCUUACUUCAAAGAGAACCAGCAAUGUAAGAUGAAGCUCAUUGCAUAUCCGGACAUCGUUCAUGAAAAAACGCAAGCCUUGAAACAAGACAAAAAGACAAAUUUGGGUCAGGGAGUCGGCCCGCACCGUGAUUCUGACUUUCUGACUUACAUUUUUCAGGCCUCAAACCAUAAUUGCUCGCUUCAGGUACAGAACUUCCAAGGCGAGUGGAUUUCCGUUGACAGCGAUCCUGGAGCUCUUGUUGUGAAUGUAGGUCAAACCUUAGAAGCCAUUACCAAUGGUGUAUGCAAAGCCACGAUCCACCGAGUGGUAAGUCCAAAGUUAGGUUCAGGGACAAGGAUCUCCAUUCCUUUUUUCCAGACUAUAGAUCUGGACUGUCGCAAGACAGGAGCAUCCGGUAUACCAUCUGACAUUUUGAAAAAAAGAGAUGAAAGAGACAGGCGUAUCACGGAUUGGGGAGUUGACGUGGGAUUCCAAUUUACACCAGACGUGAGUAAGCAUCCCGUAGGGUACACUGUUUUCCGGAACAGAAUCAAAUCUCACCAGGAUGUUGCCGCCAAGUGGUACCCGGAAGUGCUUACACAAGUGCUUUGCGAAUAUUCAGCCUAA